AUGGCCCCCAAGGCUUCAGAAAUCUGGGACCAGGGUGAUGACUGGACUGGAAUCGCCAGCUCUAAAGAGCGGCGGCGACGGCAGAAUCGGCUCCACCAGAGAGCGUAUCGGGCUAAGAAGCGCCUAGAGAAGUUUCCCGAUUCUCAGCCUGGGACAGGGCGGAAUUUGUUCACGGUUGCUGGUCCUAGUACUCAAGUCGUCACCGAGGACUCGGCAAUCUCACGUCAACUACAGCUCCAGCUUUUCACGGCUAUGCCUGAUCAGCUCCCAACGCUAGUCUUGGUCAGAUGCACGGGUCUACACGAUAGGGUCAAAGAAUUCCUACAAAGGGCCUUCACAAAUUGGGGUCUGAAUCUUCCUUCCCCACAUGACUUGCCACUCGUCACUCGACUGAAUACCUUUGACGCCCUGGCCCGGAACGCACUUACGUUACGCAUCCCUCUCGAGUACCUAGAGACUGACGAGCAUUCCUCCGUGUUCAAUUAUCAAGGACCUCCAACUUCAAGCGAGCAACCGAGUUUGCCAGCAAAUUUGCGUCCGACAGCCUUGCAGAAAGCCGUCACGCAUCACUCCUGGCUGGACCUUUUUCCCAUUCCAAGAAUGCGUGAUAACAUACUCCGAGGCAUCGACGCUGGAACGUAUGACGAGGAUGUGCUGUGCGAUACUCUCUGUUGUGACUUGCUGAACUUUGACAAGGACACCAAUGCAGCCCUUGUCGUGUGGGGCGAGUCAUGGGAUGCCACGGGAUGGGAGUUCAGUGCCGAGUUCUUCACGAAAUGGGGCGCUCUGUUGGAAGGGUGUACCGAAGUGCUGGAGACAACUAAUCACUGGAGGCAGAAGAGGGGAGCGAAGAUUCUUAAAUACAAUUAG